AUGCACCCUCAAAAACAUAACACUACAAAACGCCAACGUGAGUUGAAACAACCAGCCAAAAGACCGCCCUCACAAAAGCACCACGUGACAUCCUUCUCAAACCCAACUUCCUACACGACAGAUGCCACUAACAUACAAACUCUGUUUAUAUUCAAAUAUUCUUGUGCUUGGGUUGGGCUCCUCUCUCUCUCUCUCUCUCUCCUCCCACUUUUUAGUCUUCUCUCCAUACCGAAAACUCCACGAGCUCUCACUCUUUUGGCAGAAUAUUUUUCUUAGGCUUCACAGGAAAGGUUUUUCCUUCUUGCUGGUCGAAGUAGGGGGGUGUUUCGAAUAAGGUGGAGUCGUGGGGCGUAUUCUAUGCAGAGAUGCUCGACUCAAAUAGUGCUCCAAAAGAUUAUCAACUUCUUCAAUAUUAUAGAGCAUGGCUACAGUUAAGCUCACCUUGUUUCUGGGAGGAUGUCAGCAUAGUUCUUCAACUUGGGUUCCUUGGAAGUUUAUUAAUCUACCUUCUACAGAAAAUAUUGAGGGAAUCAUGCACGCGGAGAUCAAAAACCACAGAGAAAGGGGCAAAAACAUACUCCUCUGGAAUAAGAUUUGGCCUCUCUUACAAGGCCAAUAUAUGUUGCUCCACUUUGCUAUUCGGAAGUCAUUUGCUCAUACUUAUAAUGUUGUUGAAAGGGAAUGGGAUCCAUUGCAAAUUUACAAUGACAGCUCUGUUGGCAGAAACCAUGCAAAUAAUAUCAUGGUUGAUUACAUUAUCUGCACUGUUCAAUAUAUGGAGGGCAAGAUCCUUAAAGCUUCCAUUCAUUCUACGAGCCUGGUGGGUGUACAGCUUCUUGCAAUCCAUUAUCUGCAUUGCCCUUGAUACUUAUUACAUCCUUACAGAUCAAGGGUCACCUACAAUAGGAGACUAUGGUGACUUGGUUGGUCUCUUUGCCUCCACCUAUCUUUUUGGUAUUUCAAUCAAAGGGACCACAGGAAUCCACCUCUUUGAAAAUGACAUCACAGACCCACUUCUGGAUGGAAAAACUGAAAAGCAUGCAGAAGAAAAUAGGAAAUCUCCAUAUGGCAGAGCUACUCUUUUCCAACUAAUUACAUUCUCUUGGCUAAACCCACUGUUUGCAGUAGGAAUCAAGAAACCCCUCGAAAAAGAUGAAAUCCCCGAUGUUGAUACCAAAGACUCUGCUGGAUUCCUCUCACAUUCUUUUGAUGACAGUCUAAAUUGUGUUAAGCAAAGGGAUAGCACCACAAACCCAUCCAUCUACAAAGCAAUCUUUCUCUUCAUCAGGAAGAAAGCAGCAAUCAAUGCAAUGUUUGCAGUGAUCUGUGCUGGAGCAUCAUAUGUUGGCCCAUACUUGAUUGAUGACUUUGUGAAGUUUCUAAGUGAGAAGGGACAACACAGCCCAUGGCACGGGUACCUUCUAGCAUUGGCAUUUCUAGGUGCCAAAAUGGUUGAGACAGUUUCCCAGAGACAGUGGAUCUUCGGGGCCCGCCAACUAGGUCUUCGCCUGAGAACUGCACUGAUAUCUCAAAUAUAUAAGAAGGGCCUGCACCUGUCAAGCCAAUCCCGCCAAAGCCAUACCAGUGGAGAGAUUAUUAACUAUAUAAGUGUGGAUAUACAACGCAUAACUGACUUCAUCUGGUAUGUAAACACAAUUUGGAUGUUACCAAUACAAAUUUCCCUUGCAAUGUACAUUUUAAAUAUGAACCUGGGUACUGGAUCCCUAGCUGCUCUAGCUGCAACGGCAAUAGUGAUGUCAUGCAACAUACCCAUUACAAGGAUCCAGAAAAGGUUCCAAUCCAAGAUAAUGGACUCCAAGGAUGACCGCAUGAAAGCCACGUCAGAGGUUCUCAGAAAUAUGAAAACUUUGAAACUUCAAGCCUGGGACACUCGGUACCUCCACAAGCUAGAAAGCUUGAGGAAGAUCGAGUAUAACUGGCUAUGGAAGUCACUUAGGUUGUCAGCAAUCACAGCUUUUAUCUUCUGGGGAUCCCCCACUUUCAUCUCAGUUACAACCUUUGGAGCAUGUAUUCUACUGGGAAUUCCACUCACAGCAGGGAGAGUGUUAUCUGCAUUGGCAACCUUCCGAAUAUUACAGGACCCUAUAUUCAACCUACCAGACUUAUUGUCAGUGAUUGCACAAGCCAAAGUUUCAGUUGAUCGAGUUGCAUCAUACCUCCAGGAAGAUGAGAUCCAAACAGAUGCGGUAGUGUUUUCUCCAAAAGAUGAAUCAGGGCUUGAGAUAGAAAUCAAAACUGGAAAGUUCAGUUGGAAUCCAGAGUCAAAAAGCCCAACGCUUGAAGGAAUAAAUCUGAAAGUGAAGAGAGGGAUGAAAGUAGCUAUUUGUGGGACUGUAGGAUCUGGGAAGUCUAGUUUGCUCUCAUGCAUACUUGGAGAAAUACCAAAGCUGUCAGGGACAGUGAAGAUCAGUGGAACUAAGGCUUACGUCCCUCAAUCCCCAUGGAUAUUAACAGGAAACGUAAGAGAGAAUAUUCUUUUUGGGAAUCCAUAUGAAAGUGCCAUGUAUAACAGAACGAUUGAAGCAUGUGCUUUGAUGAAGGAUUUUGAGCUUUUCUCCUGUGGUGACCUUACAGAGAUUGGAGAAAGAGGUAUUAAUAUGAGUGGAGGACAAAAGCAAAGAAUACAAAUUGCACGGGCAGUCUACCAGGAUGCCGAUAUAUAUCUUCUCGACGAUCCUUUCAGUGCUGUGGAUGCUCAUACUGGCACCAAACUCUUUCAGGACUGCCUGAUGGGGAUCCUCAAAGAUAAGACAAUACUUUAUGUCACCCAUCAAGUCGAGUUUCUUCCAGCAGCAGAUCUCAUCCUGGUGAUGCAAAAUGGAAGAAUUACACAGGCUGGAAGGUUUGAAGAACUUCUAAAACAGAAUACAGGAUUUGAAUUGUUAGUUGGUGCACAUAGCCAAGCUUUAGAAUCAGUCCUCACUGUUGAAAAUUCAAGCAGAACAUUGCAAUCUGACAGUGAAUGCGAGGCAGACCUACACACCACAAGUGCAGGGAUUGCUAGGCAGGAAUCUGACCAUAACCUCUCUCCAGAGAUAACAGAUAAAGGAGGAAGAUUGCUGCAAGAUGAAGAGAGAGAGAAAGGAAGCAUUGGGAAAGAAGUUUACUGGUCAUACAUUACUGCUGUUUGGGGUGGGGCCCUGAUACCAAUCAUACUAUUGGCACAGUCAACCUUCCAAGUACUGCAGAUAGCCAGUAACUACUGGAUGGCAUGGGCUUCUCCUCCAACAGCUGGGACUAAACCAGUUGUAGAGAUGAGUAUUUUGUUCCUGGUUUAUAUACUUCUAUCUGUUGGAAGUUCACUUUGUGUUUUGGUCCGAGCCUUGUUAGUAGCAACUGCUGGCCUUCUAACAUCAGAAAAUUUUUUCAAGAACAUGCUCCAUGCCGUACUUCGGGCUCCAAUGUCAUUCUUUGAUUCAACACCAACCGGAAGGAUCUUAAACCGGGCAUCUACAGACCAAAGUGUGCUAGACCUGGAAAUGGCAGGAAGAUUAGGAUGGUGUGCUUUCUCAAUAAUACAAAUUCUAGGAACUAUUGCAGUCAUGUCACAGGUGGCAUGGCAAGUAUUUGCCCUCUUUAUUCCAGUGACUGCAAUCUGCAUAUGGUACCAGCGAUACUAUACACCAACUGCGAGAGAACUAGCCCGCUUAGAUGGGAUUCAAAGAGCUCCAAUUCUCCACCACUUUGCAGAAUCACUUGCAGGAGCUGCAACAAUCCGUGCUUUUGACCAAGAAGACCGCUUUAUUGAGGCAAAUCUCAGCCUUAUUGACAACCACUCAAGGCCAUGGUUUCAUAAUGUAUCAGCAAUGGAAUGGCUUUCCUUCAGAUUGAAUAUACUAUCCAAUUUUGUUUUUGCAUUCUCAUUGGUUUUGCUCGUGAGCCUCCCCGAAGGAAUUAUUAACCCAAGUAUUGCAGGGUUGGCAGUGACAUAUGGGUUGAAUCUGAACGUGCUGCAAGCCUCUGUUAUAUGGAACAUGUGCAAUGCAGAAAAUAAAAUGAUUUCAGUAGAGAGAAUUCUGCAAUAUUCAAAAAUUACCAGUGAAGCCUCCUUGGUAAUUGAAGAAUGUAGGCCACCAAACAACUGGCCAGAAACUGGAGCAAUUUGCUUCAAAAACUUGCAGAUCAGAUAUGCUGAGCACCUUCCGUCUGUGUUAAAAAAUAUUACCUGCACAUUUCCGGGAAAGAAGAAGGUUGGUGUUGUGGGACGAACAGGCAGUGGGAAAUCUACUCUCAUUCAAGCCAUAUUCCGAAUUGUGGAACCCAAAGAAGGAACUAUUGAAAUUGAUGGUGUGGACAUUUGCAAUAUAGGACUUCAUGACUUGAGAUCCAGGCUUAGCAUCAUUCCACAGGACCCAACAAUGUUUGAAGGAACAGUCAGAGGAAACCUCGACCCAUUAGAGCAAUAUUCUGACAAUGAAAUAUGGGAGGCUCUGGAUAAAUGUCAACUUGGUGAUUUAGUGCGUAGAAAGGAAGAUAAAUUGGAUUCAACAGUGGUUGAGAAUGGAGAAAACUGGAGCGUAGGUCAGAGACAGCUAUUCUGUCUUGGAAGAGCCUUAUUAAAGAAAAGCAGCAUUCUUGUUCUAGAUGAAGCCACAGCCUCUGUUGAUUCUGCAACUGACGGUGUGAUACAGAAGAUCAUAAGUCAGGAAUUUAAAGACUGCACAAUUGUUACCAUAGCUCACAGAAUUCACACAGUUAUAGAUAGUGAUCUUGUUCUGGUCCUCAGUGAAGGAAGGGUUGUGGAGUAUGACACCCCAGCAAAGCUACUUGAAAGAGAGGAUUCAUUUUUCUCAAAGCUUAUAAAAGAGUAUUCUUUGAGAUCACAAAGUUUCAACAGCUUAGCGAAUGUACAAAAUACAAUGCCAUGACAUACUUGGAACCAUGGAACUUUUGAGAACAUUCCAAUAGAGAGAUCAAAUGUUGAGACACCAAACUGGAAUUCUCAGGCAUCCAGAUAAAAUGAAGAACAAACAAGAUUUUAGUCUGAAUACAAAACAGAACCGACUGCCUUGCAAUGCAGUACAUUCAUGUGUAUUAUGUUUUUCAAUACCAAAAAUUGAAUGCUAAGGUCCUUUUGUUUCUGUUUCUCAUUCAGCACUUACUAAUAGGUUGGCUGCACAAAUCAAGCUCUGCCAUUCUGUAUUUAGAUAGGCUCUUUUUCAUUGCUAAUUGCUGUUAUAUUGUAAAGAUAGUCCUUCACUCA